AUGUCGCCGAACGACCCAUCCCCCCGCCAUCCCCGCUCCUCCACAGAGACCGAACGCACAUUAAUCGCAGACGAGGAGCAACAUCCCGCAUCAUCCUCUCGCGCCGCAUCUCCAGCUCGAACACUCGUCGAUACAUCGACUCCAACUCCAUACCGAGGCUUCCCAUCACAAGCAGAAUAUCUAGCCGCACUUCGUGAAUGGGCAGAAGAGAAGCGGUAUCUACAGCCUUCGACAACAACACUCACGGGGUACUAUGGAAAGGAAACGCUGCAGGCGUACGCGAAUAAGCCGAGACAUGAAUUUGGUAUCAGUCGAAAGUUGCGGGAGAUGAAGGAGAAGAAGCAGGGGCGGAAGCAGAGUGUAGCAUGA